ACCUAUGAUAGUAAGUAAUAAAUAAUAAGAAUAAAGCAUGUGUCUCCUCCAGUAUACUACUUUUUCUUUCCAUUUAAAGGUAGGUUUCAUGAAUCUACCGAUUACAAGGGCACGAGGAGAGUACUCUGCAAUGGAAACACUGAGCCACGAGUCUCCCUUCUAUGAUAAUAACCUCUCCGCUGAAAAGACUCCUCCAAGUCCAAGCACACCAUUGCAGAAUCCACAAGAGAAGAAACAACUAUCUGUUAAGGAACAAGAAGAGGCAAAAACAGAUACUUUAUUGGAUCUAAAUGCCUUUGGUGAUGAUUCUGCUGUUGGGUGCAGUCCAGUGCUGAAUCUGAUCACGUGUUUGGACACAGAUUUGCCAAGCACUUCCUCAGAAAACCAACAUGGCUCAGAGCCACGAGUGUUCUCUUGCAACUACUGUCAGAGAAAGUUCUACAGUUCACAAGCUCUUGGGGGACACCAAAACGCCCACAGGAGAGAGAGGUCAAUUACAAAGAGAGGUCAUCAUAGAUCAGGAUCACGUGGCAUGAUGGCCUCAGCAACAACAGCUUUCGGAAUUCCCUUCCUCCAUAAUCACCUUCACCACUAUGCCACUAUGGCUUCUCUCCCUCUCCAUGGUGGUUGUAGUAAUAAUAAACCACUUGGAAUUAAGGCUCACUCCAUCAUUCACAAGCCUUCUUCAAAUUCUUCUCAUAUUUCAUUCAAUGGGUUUGGAACCACUUUUGGACAUCAUGGAUGGUCAAGACCCCUUAUUGAUCAACAACCUAGAAUAGGGAAGCUAACGAUGGAAAGUUGUCACAAAACAUCACGAGGUAAUGUUGGAAAAUUCGAUGCGGUGAAAACGACCAUGAUUAAUUCAGCGACCAUUGAAGAAAUCAGUGGAUAUAAUAUGAUUAGUGGAGUUACUCGUUUUAAGACUAAUCAAGAGGAAAUGAAACACCUUGAUUUGUCCCUAAAGCUGUAAGCAUCAUGGGAUUGUGUUGAAGUUUAGUACUUAGUAUAGUUAACAUUUUACUAAAUUUAUUGCUUCACAGCUUGUAAUAAUAAUGUGUUGUGUAAAUUUGUUUAUGAGAGGACCAAAGUUCUUCAAUUAUCUGUUCAUGAAUUCUGAAUUAUUCAAUUCCUGUAUUGGUCAGUAGUUUGUUAAGUCCUUUUUUCUUUGUGGGAGAUUUAUUUUUUGUUU